AUGAACCAUGUUGGUCCGGCUCCCUAUCUAGCAGGCCUUGCUUGCAAGGAGUCGCGGCGGCUAAUGGAACAAUUAUACGCCAAGCCCAUACAUAGACCAACGCACUCGGCGGCAAGUAGUGCGAUUCAUUGGAUCGAUCUGCAAAAAACGGUCGUUUCACUCGGGGACUACCGGUCCGCGGGGGCUUUGUUGGAUGCGUUCACUUUCGAAGACUUGGCAAGAUUCCGCCAUGUCGUUCUACAGUCAUCACGGUUCUCUUAUAUGGCCAGGUUGUGCCAGCGCCUGGCCAACUCAUGUCCCGGGUUGUGUACGAUCAUCAUACACACGAAUCACGCUGGCUGCCUUUUCACCAACCUUCGUUGUAAACCCUUGACCCAAGACAUGGGUGCACUUCUUGUCAACAUCCUGGAGGACCCGGCCGCCGGCCUAGAUUGCAACCACUACGAUAUCGUCCACUUUCGCAGUCUGCUGCUGGGCUAUUUCGGCGACUCGCCUCCGACGUUGCAUCUCGCCUCCCCACCCGGAGCGACUCGCCAAGACUGA